AUGGACUACGAAACUGACUCCCGUGGAGGUUAUGGCGAUUCUCGCGAUAACUAUGAUCGGGAUCGCUCUGGUUCGCCCCGAACUCGCAGCCCCGACAAUAACACUCGUAUGAGGAGCCGAAGUGCUUCUCCAGGAGGUCGUGCUGAUGCUCGUCCCGAUCCGUCUGACACGACUGACCGUCGCGACAAGGACGCAUCACCGGAAAAGGACGGCUCCAGAAAUACUGGUACUAACCUUUUUGUUACCGGCAUCCACCCUCGUCUUACCGAAGAAGAUGUAACCCGUCUUUUUGGCAAAUAUGGUGAAAUCAUCAAGUGCAACAUCAUGGUUGACCCUCACACUAAGGAGUCCCGUGGUUUCGGAUUCGUCAACUUUGCGCAGUCCGACCAAGCCGAUGCUGCUAAGGAUGCCCUCCAAGGAGAGGUCUACGAAGGCAGGACUUUGAGUAUCGAAAAGGCUCGUAGAAGUCGUCCUCGCACUCCUACUCCUGGAAAAUACUUCGGUCCUCCCAAGCGUGACGACUUCCGACGUGGGCCUCCAUCUUACUCUGGUCGUCCAUACGGUGGAUCACGCGGUGGUGGCAGCUACCCACCUCGAGGUUAUGAGGAAGACCGUUAUUAUCGCGGCGGCGGCGGUCGCUACGAAUCUCGAUACGACGACCGCUAUUACGGCAGCCGUCGUGAGCACGGAGAUGAUUAUGGCCGUGGCGGCAUUGACAGAUAUGCCAGUGGACGUGAAGAAAGGUAUAGUGGUGGCGGCCGAGAGGAACGUCGCGGUGGCGGUGGCGGAGGUGGUGGUGGUUACUAUGAUCGUGAAGGUGGUCGCCCUCCAUAUGAAGGUGGUCGUCCUCGUGAUGGGGCCGCGGCUGGAGGUGAAGACCGUUACAACAAUGCCGCCGCUGAACCCGCCAGUGGGCGUGGCGGAGCAGAGCGCACCGGUGGUGGUGGUGGUGGUGGUGACCGCGGAUAUUAUGACCGCGAAGAGAGGUAUAGCAGACGCUAA